GCAAAAGUUAUGUAGCGGAUUUGACCAGUGCAACGAACCUGGACGACUGCUCUAAUGGCGAUGGCGUCCGCGUACUCUUCUCCUCUUCCCCAAACCCCUUUCCCGAGAUUCGACUCUCUUCUUACCUUCCCCAACUUCUCCAGCUCCCACAAAGCCCGUUGCUUCCUACGCUUUCACGGCAAAAACCGCUACCUCACAGCUACUCGCCCUGCUUUAUUUCCAGUCCAGCGACCAUACCUGUCGAUAUGUCCAUCGGAUCCCCUACGGAUCAGGUUCCCUUUGGUUUCCACGUCCCUUUCCGGUGGCGAAGGUGGAGGCGACCGCGGAUCGAGCUCAGGAGAAGCUGCGGGGAAGCCCGUAGCAGGAGAUUCGGAGGACGCUACCGCGUUGGGUUCAGAUGUGAUUGCCCUCCGUGUCGGAGGCAUGAUUUGCGGUGGUUGCGCUGCCAGCGUGAAGCGCAUCUUGGAAACCCUACCUCAGGUACACUCUGCCACAGUUAACCUAGAACAACAGACGGCAUUUAUUUGGGCUGCACCAGAAGCCAAGGUCAAGGAGGAUUGGCAGCAAGAACUCGGGGAACAGCUUGCAAAGCACUUAACUACUUGUGGAUUUGAAUCCAACCUUCAAGAUCUCAGCAGCAGCAAUCUUGCAGCUUGACAGUCAUUGCAGAAUCGAGUAAGUUCCCUGGACUUAGAGUUGUUAAUAGAUCGUGAAUGCUCGUGUCGAGCUUGACCUGGGCGCGCCUCAGCUCGCUAGAUGUUGUGCCGAACUGAGCGUGUUAGAACACAACCAGAUAGUCGCUCCAGCUCAGGCUGGGCCUAACCUAAGCUUAAAUCGGGUCAUACUAUCAUGGCUAAAUUUGAGUUGGGGUCAAGCCUAGUUUAGAGCUCUUUGUCGAGGAGCAAUUUAGUCAAACUCUUUUUAAAAUAAAUAAAUAAAUAUUUUAAAAUAUUUGUAAAAAUGUUUAAAAUAAUAAAAAAAAAUAUUAUUAAAA